CAUUGGCCUCGGCCCAACGGCAUCAGCCAAGAGACAAAGCAGCAGCCUGUUAACUGCAGGUGGCACAUCAUGGCUCCAAAACAGCGUACAAAUACCUCAAGGAAAAAAUCUCUGUGUUUUUGUUUUGGUCGGGAAACGUGCUCAUUGACAUGGCAAAUAAGCUAAAACACGGAGCGGAGUUGGGUUCGCUGGAAUAUUUACAGGCGUCAGUUUGUUUUCAAAAAUCGUAAGUGACUUUGUUAAGUAGCUUUGUGAGUAAACGUGACCGUUUAGGCAACAUAUUCUGCUGUAUGCAUGCAAUAUAUAACAGAAUGUCAACAAAACAAUCACGGACCUCGAUGUCGAGUGGUGAAUGAUAUUGCCUCCACUCUGCAAAACACUGCCAAUGAUUUGUCUGCUGAAUACAAUUCUAAUGCAUCAGGUUCACCUGCUCCUGGAUGCUCAGUUUCACCAUCCAGCUCUUCAAGUGGAAGACGUGACAGUAGCUGUGAAACUUCGUUUUAUGACCAUGACUGGCAUUAUAGUUUUGAUGUUCCAUGGCAAAAAAUGCCAGCAAGUUUUAUGGGAAAGUUGCAAAAUGGCGAAAGGCCAAGUUGCUCUGAGAGAAGACAGUUGGUCCGCAUUGUUGCUUCUGAGAUCCUGGAAGUCAGCAAAUGUCCAGCAAAAAAACAUGUAUCAGAAAUAGCCCGACAAAUGGUGAUUGCAUACCCAAAGUCUUUCAGAGAUGAGAUUAAUUCCCAGGUUGUAGGAAGUGGAUAUGAUUCUCUCCUCAAACAACUGGUGUGUAGAAUUGACAAUUUGAAAAGAGCAAAAGCUAUUAGUAUACCACUUUGUGGUACUCUAGAAGUAUCAACAAAGAAACGAAAAUUGUUAUAUGGUUGUAUAAAUUCUGAUCCACAACUGCUAGUUGGAGAAACAUCUGAAUUGCAGCAGGAAAAGAAAGAGAAGUUGGUAGUAAUGUUUCAAAAUAAUGAAAGUGAUGUAAAGACAAUCUAUGACUUAAUGACUUCUACAUACACCCCUCAAAGAAACAGCAUCCAAUCUGGAAAGGAAACCAAAGAUUUACUUGAUGAGUGGCCAUAUCUUUUUCAGCCAGCAGGAAUGAAAGCACACUUUAAAGAGCUCACUGGCAUUGACAUAAACAACAGCUUUGAAGAAUCUGCUUCCAGUAAGUUCAGAAGAAUAUUGGACUACUUUCAAUUUCAGUGCACAGAAAGAGCAAGCAGAGCAGGGAGAAUCCUCACAAAGUAUAGAGCUGGAGGGGAUCAUGUUUGUGGGGCCGUGAUGUUGCUGCUAACCCAUUUCAAAAAUGACCAAGACCACUUUCUUGUGAUGGUAGAAGACACCUCUGUUCCAAGUGAUAUAUGCUCAGAACAGCUUCCAGCAACACCAUGUAUAGUAGUGUGUGGAGAGAACCCACUGACAGCCAGUGUGUACAUGGUAGCAGUGGACCAGAUAAUUGUAAAUGACCAUCUCUUGAGUUUUACAGAAGCCCUGUAUCUGAUGUUCUCUCUUUACUAUAUAUUGAACAUCAGUUACCCUGUAGAACUGGGAGCCACACUAGAAUUCUUGCAAAGGUGCAUCUUUAGGAUAAAUCCUCAUAAAGGUACCAAGGUGGAAAAGAGAGAGAAAAAGAGCGCGUACUCUGUCAAUCCCAGAGUAUUGAGUCUGACAUCAAAAAUUGCUGCAUUUGAUUGGGGAGAGUAACAGAUGUGGUCUUUCAGAAGAUUGACAUUUCGCUGAAGAACAGGACAGACCGACUUUUUGUACUUCAGUGCAGCGCUUUGUUGCUUAAAUCAUUUUUAUUACCUUGUGACGUGAUUAGGAUUUAGUUUAAAUUUAUUUAUUUAUUUGAUUGGGACAGUGCAUGUUAAUGAACAAACAUGGAAUACAUGCAUGUAAACAUGCUGGAUUGUAGCCAAAGGAUAAUUUCCAUCCGUACUCCCACGGGCUAAAAUCACACUGGUCACAAAACAUUACAUAAUAAAAUUUACAUCUACAGUUAGUACAUCGUUUAUCAAUAAAUUAGCUAAAGCCCCAUAUACAAUAUUCACAUAAUACUUGAAAAUUCAUUUAACUUCAAAAUUAUCAGAAUCCAGGCCCAGUGUUUUUGUUUCUUUUAAACUGAACACAUUUGUGUUCUGAAACAUGCUUUAUCCAUUUUCUCCAUGUGUCAUGUUCAGGAUUAUCAGAAUUAAUGUUUUUUUUUUUUUUUUUUUUUUUUUUUUUUUUUUUUUUUUUUUUAAUAAAUUGAACAAAUUUGUUUUCUAAAACAUGACUUUUGCUGGGAAGUGUUUUUCCAUUGUUUGAUCUUGAAGGUUUGCUAUAUAAUAAAAAGCUGAAGUUACUCUGGCUACCAUAAUUUAUUGUAUAACAUUUUACAAAAAUUUGUGUUUCAAGAGUAUUUUUAAUUAGUUUUUAGCAUUACUUCUGUCACACAGUAUACAAAGAUGUCCCUCUACAUUUGGUUUAAAUAAAUAAAUUCACUAGAAAAAGAUUAUGGCAUGAAAACAUGUAAGCCCAGAUUUGCUAACUAUUUGUGGCAGUGCACACUUUCUGAAUGUGUCAGGGUUUUCAGAAGACAUGAUAGAAAGGCAUGUACAGUGAUUAUUGCAUCUUUAUUGGAUAUGCAUUUGUAGGAAAUUUCCUUUAUGAAAGCGUCCCUUAACCCUUUUUGUGCCUGACCUGCCAGUAAUGGUUGCUAAUUGCACUUAUUUUUUAUUUGGUCAUUAUGGAAGGGAGCUGCUGCAAUUCUGUUCUUGCACAUUGAUAGUUUACUCGUAGAAAACAUUCAAAUUCAUCCUGAAGUUAGUUGUAUUUUCUCUGCCAAAAACAAUAUUAGCACAUUUUAAGUUAAGAUGCUUGCUAUUUACCUUUAAUGUGAUAAAACUGAAAAUCUGUCUUGUACUCUCAGGUUGUAUAACUUUCUUUGUGGU